UCGUCAUCAGAUCGAAAAUAACACAAGAAAUCUAUAUUUGGCAGCCGAAAUUCUGUCACAUUUGCAAGCUUUGAAUAAGGAGGCAAAAGGUUUUUUUGACUAUUUGCAGGAUGAGACGUCGGCCGACAUUAUUUGUCUCCCCGCCCCACCGCACCUCCCUUUUCCUUCCCCUUUCUUCUCCCUUUGGGGUGGUUGGUGAUGACUAUAAUUAGUUUUUGCCUUUCGGGAAUCGUUGAAUAGUUUGAAUAUGUGACCACAAUAUGUAUAUAUGCAUCUCAACCAUAUAUCUAUAGAUCCUUAAUUUUUUAGUUUGAUCGAGUCUUAAAAUUUAAGUUUGGUGGUUGUUAAUGGGUUACGGUGCUAAUUGUACAAUAGUUAGCACCGUUCUAACCAAGAGAAAAAUUACUACUAGUUUGAAUUAGUAGUGAUUUAGCGUAGUGAUUUUUGCUAGUUAUCACUGUGCUAACCCCUAUAAAAGUUAGCACCUAAUCCCAUCCCGGUUGUUAAUAGCUACCUUAACCGUACGUUGAGCCAUAAAAUUUAAUUUGGGUUCGAUAAUUAAGAAUGCGACAUGGUUUUAUUGAAGAGAUAGUUAGUUUUGAGGAAUAAGCAAGGUGUCCUAAAUGUAUUGGAUGGACCUGCAGGGGUUGUUUAGCCGAAGAAUGUGCUUUGUAAAAUAUUUCUCAAACGCUAAGCUUCACAAACAUCCUUCGACCAUGAAGUUAAUGAAGAAAGUGAACAAAAGAAGGAGUUCAAAAGAUAUUAGCUUUUGUGAGGGAAUGAGAAAUAUUUACUUAUAAGAUGAAUGAGCGAGUUAAGUUUUUCAUCUUUCAAUUGGACAGAUUACACCGAAUAGUUUAUAUAGAUUAUAUCUUUUAAUGAUCUAUGUAGCUUUGUGACUCUUCUAUCAUAUAUUGUUAUCUUUUGUAUACUGGUGUACAUGUCACUUGUGUCAAGGUUCACAAAGUUGCACGCCUUAUAUUGUACGUUGUUUCUUGAUGGACAAGAAGUAUUCAAUCUAGACUCGAGAGAUGGGCUAUUUCUCGACACAUUUUAGUACCGUAGAUGAAAAUUCUUGGCAUGAGAUGACCUUGUGAUCAAAGGGAUUUGGUCAUCGUAUUAUACCUUUUAAGGUAUUCACGAAUAAGAAAUUUGAUGACAUGGCCCUCGUUAGUCGUUACAACCAGUAAUAUAAUUUGACAUAAAACUCAUCAAAAUUAGAAGUUACAAAUUUUCAUGCCAUCCAUUAAUUAUUCUCAACAGCUCAAAAUAAAUUCAUCUCUAAAGUUGCUCUCGAGUAGCUGUAGAGAUUUCAUUCUUUAAUUCAUCUUAAUUAUUAGUCAGAAACACAAUCACAAUAGUCAUUAAAUCCCAUCACCACAUUAACUACUUACAACAACAAGAAGAAGAAAGUCAAAACCCUAUUAAACUACUCCAUAGCCAUACAUACAACUCUUUACCCCUCCCUCCCGUCCCUAUAAAUACCCUUCACCCCUAUAGCAACGAAAAUCACUACUCAACUAACUCAGCGGUGGAACAAAAAAGCCUUCCAAUGAGGACGGCAGCAGCAUCUAUAGCGGCGACAACAUGGAUUAUGAUGGCAAUCCUAUUACUCAUGGGAACACCAUCGAAUGCAGAAGAAGAGGAAGGGAUCAUCGAAAAAACGGUUGUGAAAGUAACAAACGGGCUCAAGGUGCAGCUGACGGCGCAUUGCAAGUCCAAAGACGACGAUCUGGGAGAAAAAGUGUUAACAACGGAUGGGUUUUUCAGCUGGAAGUUCUACCCCAACGUUCUGCCAACAACGUUGUAUUUCUGUUCGUUCGAAUGGGAUGGCAGUGGCGGCAACAAGUCGUUCAACAUUUAUGUUGAGAGCAGGGAUGAUGAGCGGUGCACUCACUGCCAGUGGACCAUUUACGAGAAAGGACCUUGUUUGUAUGAUGGCGGCACCAAAGUGUAUGACAUUUGUUACCCUUUUGACAGUUAGCUAGCUAGCUAGUGUUUAAUUUGUACUGCGUGUUGUGAUUAAUCUGAUCAUCAAAUAAAGUAGUAAGAUUAGGGUUUGGUAUAUCGGCCGGUGUUAAGGAUGUGUAGUUAGGAUUUCGUUCAAGGAAGUUAACAUUGGCAGAAAAAAUAAAUAAAAAAGAGUUUAGUGAGGAUAAUGCAAUUCAGUUUGUGCAAUAUAGUAUUUUGUUUGGC